AUGUCAACGUUUCGCAGUGAGCCGAUGGUGCGGGGCACCAUGAGAAUAGAAGAAAUGGAGAGAAUCAUUCGUUUCUUACAAGAGGAGAUACGCUGUCUAGAGGCUAGCCCCGGCGCAGGGAGAGCAGCAGCAGCAUCUGGUGCAGCAACAGCAGCAGCAGCAGCAGCAGCAGCACAUGAAGGACCUCUUGUUGUUGUUGCUCCUGAGGGCGAGAAGAGUUUCUUAGAGAACGGCCAGGGUUAUGUAUUAGAUAAAGUUGAGGAGGCAUUGAGCCGGCUGUAUGCACAGUUCGUGCUAUUCAAAGGAAACAACACAAACCUGCAACAAGAGAAAAACGCAGCACUAGAAGAGCAGUGUGUGCUGCGGGUGGCGGUGCAGCAGCUGCAGGGUGGAGCAGCAGCAGCAGUGAAGGGUCCUUUAUCUGCUGCUCGUGACGACAGUUUCUCAGACGGGGAGGAUGCUCACACACUGCUGCAGCAGCAGCAGGCGCAGCAACAGCAGCAACAGCAGCAGCAGCAGCAGCAGCAGGAGACAGAACUAAGCCCAGGGCAGCAGCUGCCGCUGCAGCAGCAGCUCCCCCUGCAGCAUCAGCUUUCUCUUGAGGAUGGUUUGGGUUUAGGUUCAGCAGCAGCAGCAGCAGGAGACAGAACUAAGCCCAGGGCAGCAGCUGCCGCUGCAGCAGCAGCUCCCGCUGCAGCACCAGCUCUCUCUUGA